GGCAAACCUCGUGGACCUUCAGAAAAAGCUCGAGGAACUGGAGCUGGACGAGCAGCAGAAGAAACGCCUGGAAGCUUUUCUCACGCAGAAAGCCAAAGUGGGCGAGCUGAAGGAUGAUGACUUUGAGAGGAUCUCCGAACUGGGAGCUGGCAACGGUGGGGUGGUCACCAAAGUGCAGCACAAACCCUCAGGACUCAUUAUGGCACGGAAGCUCAUUCAUUUAGAAAUCAAACCGGCCAUCAGGAAUCAGAUUAUCCGAGAGCUGCAGGUGCUGCACGAGUGUAAUUCCCCAUAUAUCGUGGGUUUCUAUGGAGCCUUCUACAGCGAUGGAGAGAUCUCCAUCUGCAUGGAGCACAUGGAUGGUGGCUCUUUGGAUCAAGUGUUGAAAGAAGCCAAAAGAAUUCCCGAGGAGAUCUUGGGGAAAGUCAGUAUAGCGGUUCUGAGAGGCUUGGCGUAUCUGAGAGAGAAGCACCAAAUCAUGCACAGAGAUGUGAAGCCUUCCAACAUCCUGGUGAAUUCUCGAGGAGAGAUUAAGCUGUGUGAUUUCGGGGUCAGCGGUCAACUCAUUGACUCCAUGGCAAAUUCUUUUGUGGGAACUCGGUCCUACAUGUCUCCCGAGCGGUUGCAGGGCACCCACUACUCGGUCCAGUCCGACAUCUGGAGCAUGGGUCUGUCGUUAGUGGAGCUGUCUAUCGGAAGGGACCCCAUUCCCCCGCCAGACUCCAAGGAACUGGAAGCAAUAUUUGGCCGUCCUGUGGUGGACGGGGCAGAGGGAGAGUCUCACAGCAUCUCGCCGCGGGCCAGGCCCCCAGGACGCCCCAUCAGUGGCCAUGGGAUGGACAGCCGGCCCGCGAUGGCCAUCUUUGAACUGCUGGAUUAUAUAGUUAAUGAGCCACCUCCCAAGCUGCCAAACGGAGUUUUCACGCAAGAUUUCCAGGAGUUUGUAAAUAAAUGCUUAAUUAAAAAUCCAGCAGAACGGGCAGAUCUGAAGAUGCUGAUGAGUCACACCUUCAUCAAACGUUCCGAGGUGGAGGAGGUGGAUUUCGCUGGCUGGCUGUGCAGAACGCUGCGGUUGAACCAGCCCAGCACGCCCACCCGCGCUGCCGUGUGAGGGCCGAGCCGACCGCCUGGUGUCAGUACAUCUGCCUCUGUCACCAUUUCUCUCCUUCAGUACCUGGCAGAACCACCCUCCUGCCUCCCCCC